UAUAAUCUUCCUUUGCAACGUGAAAAUUGCUGACGAAAUGUGCUGUUGAUUUUUGCCACCUAUAAAAGUGUUUAUUUUCGGUUAAAUUGACACGGAAGCUAGCCGGAGUUGGCUCUAUUCAGUGCACAAGCAGUCGAGGAAGAAACUUUUGGAAAAAUUUACAUCAUUCGCUUGAAAUGAACAGCGUUACGACGAACGACUUGCACCGACUGCCGGAGACAAUUAACUUCCCUGCGGAGGAGGAAAAAGUGCUGCAGUACUGGAGAGACGAGAAGGUCUUUGAGACAUGUCUGAAGCAAUCCAAGGGAAAACCAAGGUAUACUUUCUAUGAUGGACCGCCGUUCGCUACCGGUCUGCCCCAUUACGGUCAUAUUCUGGCAGGCACGGUGAAGGACAUCGUUACUCGGUAUGCGCAUCAGCAGGGUUACCAUGUGGAACGACGUUUCGGUUGGGAUUGUCACGGGCUGCCGGUUGAGUACGAGAUCGAUAAGACGCUAAACAUCCGUGGUCCGGAUGAUGUCGCUAAGAUGGGCAUCAAGGCGUACAACAACGAGUGUCGCAAGAUUGUUAUGCGCUACGCAACGGAGUGGGAGGAAAUUGUUGGUCGGAUGGGACGGUGGAUCGAUUUCAAGCACGACUAUAAGACGCUUUACCCGUGGUACAUGGAAUCCAUCUGGUGGGUGUUCAAGCAGCUCUACGCGAAAGGAAUGGUUUAUCAGGGGGUUAAGGUGAUGCCUUAUUCAACGGCUUGUACGACUGCGUUGUCGAAUUUUGAGUCCGGUCAGAACUACAAGGAGGUUACGGAUCCGGCGGUCUUUGUGUCGUUUCCUAUUGUGGGCGAUAAAGACGAUGCUGCCCUAGUUGGUUGGACCACCACCCCGUGGACGUUACCGUCUAACUUGUCCUGCUGUGUUAACCCGGAGUUGAUUUAUGCUAAAGUUAAAGAACUUAAGAGUGGAAAAGUUUACAUAAUGAUGGAGUGUCGCAUAGAAUCACUUCUUAAAGGUCCAGAAAAUUAUGAAGUGCUUGAGCGUUUCCCCGGCAAAGAGCUGGCAGGGUUGAAAUAUGAGCCGUUGUUCGAUUAUUUCGGGAAGUAUGAGCAUGUGGCAUUUCGAGUUCUAGUGGACGGUUAUGUUACGGAAGAUUCCGGAACUGGAGUGGUACACCAAGCGCCGUACUUUGGCGAGGAUGAUUAUCGCGUUUGUUUAAACAACGGUGUCAUUACUCGGGAUCAGGAAAUCGUUUGCCCAGUUGAUCCGAGCGGUAGGUUUAUGGAUCCAGUUUUGGAUUUUAAAGGUCAGUAUGUAAAGGAUGCGGAUAAGAAUAUUAUAAAGCACUUGAAAGAGAAAGGACGAUUGGUUCAUGCGACGCAAACCAAGCAUAACUACCCAUUCUGUUGGCGAUCGGAUACCCCGUUGAUUUACAAAGCUGUUCCUUCGUGGUUCAUUCGAGUGGAACACAUGAACAAACAGUUGAUAAACUGUAGCUCGCAGACCUACUGGGUACCGGAGUAUGUGAAGGAGAAGCGUUUCGGAAAUUGGCUACGCGAUGCUCGUGAUUGGGCUAUCAGUCGUAAUCGUUACUGGGGUACACCAAUUCCGCUGUGGAUUUCACCAGAUGGACAAGAAAUAGUUUGCAUUGGAAGCAUCGAAGAAUUGGAAAAGUACUCUGGUGUGAGAGUGGAAGAUUUGCAUAGGGAGAGCAUUGAUCACAUCGAGAUUCCGUCAGCCGUUCCAGGAAACCCACCGCUUAGACGAGUGCCUGAGGUGUUUGACUGUUGGUUCGAGUCCGGUUCAAUGCCUUUCGCUCAGAACCAUUAUCCGUUUGAGAAUGCUGCCGAUUUUCUCAGCAACAGUUUUCCCGCCGAUUUCAUUGCAGAAGGAAUAGAUCAAACGCGCGGUUGGUUCUACACUUUGCUGGUCAUUUCGACGGCGCUGUUCAAUAAACCACCGUUUAAGAAUUUGAACUGCACUGGGUUGGUGCUGGCAUCCGACGGGCAGAAGAUGAGCAAACGUAAGAAGAAUUAUCCGGAUCCGAUGGAGGUGGUCAACAAGUAUGGAGCGGAUGCGCUUCGACUGUAUCUCAUUAAUUCGCCGGUGGUGCGGGCUGAAAAUUUGCGAUUUAAGGAAGAAGGCGUCAAGGACAUCAUCAAAGACGUUUUUCUGCCGUGGUUUAACGCGUUUCGGUUCCUGCUGCAGAAUAUCGAUCGCUUCGAGAAGGAAGACAAAGUGGUUUACCGUUACGAUGCGGUUCGUCAUGCCGAAAAUCGUUCGACGAACGUUAUGGACGUUUGGAUUACGUCGUUCAAGGAGUCGCUUUUGGACUUUUUCGCUAAGGAAAUGAAAGCCUACCAUUUGUACACGGUCGUUCCCCGACUGACCAAGUUCAUUGAUCAGCUGACUAACUGGUACGUACGGAUGAACAGGAAGCGUAUCAAGGGAGAAUUUGGUGUGCAGGAUUGCUACCACGCAUUGGACACGCUGUAUGAUGUACUGCUCGCUAUGGUUAAAAUGAUGGCUCCGUUUACUCCGUAUCUAACGGAAUUCAUGUUCCAAAGGUUGAGGCUUCUGAACAAGGAUACCAUUGAAGGUAGUGUGCACUAUCAAAUGAUGCCGACGUCGAAUAAGAGCUACAUCAACCUUCCGAUUGAGCGAGCUGUUUCCAGAAUGCAAGCCGUUGUUGAGUUGGGUCGUGUCAUGCGUGACAGAAGAACCGUCCCGAUUAAGUAUCCACUGACAGAGGUCAUUGUGAUUCACCAGAGCACGGAAUAUUUUGAGGAUAUCAAAUCAUUGGAAAGCUUUAUCUUGGAUGAGCUGAACGUGCGAAAAAUUACCUUCAGCUCCGAUAAGCAAAAGUAUGGUGUUAAGCUGCGGGCAGAGCCGGACCACAAAGUAUUAGGUAUACGAUUGAAGAACGAUUUCAAACAAGUCAUUCUGGCGGUAAAGGCAUUGACGGAUGAGCAAAUCUCGGAACAACUAAAAGUAGGACAUUUUACCGUACUAGGACAUCGCAUCGAACUGGAGGAACUAAGGUUGAUGUACCAGUUUGACGAAUCCCAAGCUGGAGGUCAGAACUAUGAAGCUCACAGCGAUAAUGACGUUCUGGUUCUGCUAGACAUGACGCCCAACGAGGAACUAAUGAAGGAGGGAGUCGCUCGUGAAAUAAUUAACCGCAUUCAGAAGCUCAAAAAGAAGGCCAAACUUAUCCCAACCGAUCCGGUUCUAAUUUAUUACACUGUUAGCAAAGAUGGCGAUAUCAAAAGUGUCGCAGAGAGCCACCAGGAGUUCAUCGUCAAUACGGUUAAGUCCCCGUUUGUGCCCUAUGGGCCGGAAGCUAUUUCGAAAGAAGUUUUAAUUGAAGAAUCGCAAGAGCUGAAAGGUGUGCAACUGAAUAUCGUAAUUUGCUCGACUAAGGAACGUCCGGUUCCAGCAAGUCCGUGGAUAAAUUUGGUUCUCGAUGAAAAGAUUGUACCUCGCUAUCAACGGACACUAUCGCGAGCGGCUACCGUUCUGCUGAAAAAUGUCAAGGGCGAAAUGCUAACGCUUGAGCAAUUGCACGCCGAGAUUCAUUGCUUGUUUGGAUUGAACGAUCAGAGUUACAACAUACUGACACCGGAAGGGCAGCCAUUGGCGACUGUGGAUCUCAAAUUGAAUCAGAAAUCUUUGUAUAUUACCCGCGGGACGGUGACGCCUUCGGGUUGGAAACCGACAAAUGUGCCAUGCAGCGUCUUUCGUAAUGUGGAAGUCAAUGGCAAGCAAGCGACCGUGUUUGAGGAGAACCCCGUUGGAGUGAAGCUCUGUGUGGAACAAGUUCUAAAAGAGAUGUUUCCCAAUGCUGGGUUGAAGGUGAAUUAGAUGGAUUAAGACCUGCUGGUUAAUAAGCUGACAUUGUAGUGAUUGAAGGAUUUUAUUGAAUUCAGUCCGCUAAUAAAACUUUUUUCCUUAUCUUUUAUCGA